CUGGAUCUUCCCGUCGAUCCGCACCGUGGACGCGCUGGCGCCCACAUCCAGAUCUGCGCUCAACCUUGGCCUGUUAAUUUUAGGAUCCAUCUUUGGUCUCGCGACGGGCGUGCCGUUCAAUAUCUCGCAUCGUUGGGUUUGGUGCUUCUCCCGGAAUGGCUUGUAUAUGAAACUCCCCACCAUUUCCGCCUCAAUUGCCCCUCCUCGCGAGCUCUCCAGACGCUUGUCCUCUGUCCCGUGAAACCCGAACCAACGACCUCCCGCACGGCGCUAUCGGCAAGAUGGGGUGGUUGACGACGUUGUUCGGCUGCUUAACCCCGGCCUUCCUCAUCCUCUCCCCGGUACUCUCCUAUAGCGACCAGGCGUACUCGAUGUACCGGACGAGAUCCAGUGCCGGCUUCUCCUUGGACAUCCCCCUUAUCAUGCUCGUGGCCUCCUUGUUGAGGAUAUUCUACUACCCCGGCGCCAAGUUCGAUAAUGCCCUUCUCGUCCAGUCGUUUGUCAUGGUCGCCGUGCAGGUGGUUCUGCUGAAGAUCGCGCUCGAUCACCGGCCCCCGCCAUAUUCAAGGGGAGGGGAUGCGGCGGUCCCCUUUGCCCGGGCAAGCGAAACACAACGGCCGUUCGACUUCUGGCAGUGGAAGUCGCCGAAACCGUAUUGGCGGUUCUUGUUGUCGCUGUUUAUCGGCCUCGUGAUCUGCGAACUUUUGCUGGCGCCCGUUCCAUCGGUGUACCAGUCGUAUUCGUUGCUGAUCGGCUACGUUGGCCUUUCGGUCGAGGCUACGCUGCCCAUCCCGCAAAUUCUUGCGAACGCCCGGUCUCGCUCUUGCAAGGGAUUCCGGUUAUCAGUCCUGGCCAGCUGGCUGAUCGGCGACGCCAUGAAGAUGUUCUGGUUCUUCACUUCGACCACGACAAUCCCGUGGGCGUUCAAACUGUGCGGCAUGUUCCAGGCUGCAUGCGACACGUUUCUGGGGGUGCAGUACAUGAUGUACGGUGAUGGUGAGGCUGGUUCCAAGGGCCAUUCCCUUCCCGGCUGGCAGCAUGAGUUGCAGCCAAAUGGGUUUACUACGGCCAGUGGUCUGGGCAACCCGCCUGGCCGGAGGACUUCAGCAACAGAGAAGACGAUAUGA